CCUGUCAUCUGAGCCCCCCUUUCAAAUCUGUCAGCUGUCAUUCCCAGUUGCCUUUUUUUACUUUUCGAGUGGUUUCUCGCGCAAAUUUAGUAGAAAUAAAUAAAUUUCACUAUUUUCAGUUAAAUUCUAGCGUGCUGAAAUUACUGUGUUGGCCAAAUAGACACCAUCUACGAAAUUGCCUAGCAAUUUUACCAUAAAUCGUCCAGAAAUGACAUUGAUUUGACGUAAAAGGUUAUAGGAGCAAAAAUAUUAAAACAUGGCAGUGAAACAAAAGAACGUAUUGGGCCCUGUCCCUUCAUCCCCUGAAGUAAGACUACAAAUUAUUUUAAGAGCUUUACAAGGACUUCAAGCUCGUGAUGGGACACAGGUUCAAACCUAUGGAAAUAUUGUCACAUGUCUCGGAACUGUGGCUGUACCUAGUGACCCGACAUCUUACAUGAAAUUCAUCGAAGAUGUGAAGAGUGUACAAGGAAUUUUAAUGAAAGAAUGUGCCAAUAACAGCAACGAGGUGAUUUUUGUAACUCUGAAAGCUUUGUACGAUGAAAUUUCGAACCCAACUAAAAGUCCCAGCCCAGUAAUGUCCAUAGUACUUCAACUGAUCAGCAUAGAAGACUUAUCAGCUGCUGUAAAGUUUAUCCUAAAUUCCGGAUAUCCUGAGCAAAGUUUAGAGACAGCCUUACAUACAUUAUGUACCUGGCUGACUAAAUGGACUUAUACAGAGAAUUUAGGUCCUUUAGUACUGGCAUUUAUGCGAGGAUUAGAGCAAGAACACUUUUACGAUAUUCUAAUUGAUGUAACACUAAGCACAAUUGAACCUUUAUUUAAACUAGUUCUUCUUCCGGCUAGUCGGAGAUGUGUUUGGCCUGUGGUGCAUCACAUGCUCAGCAGGGUCCAGCACAAUCCUCAGGCCUUUCACAAAAUCGUACCACACACUCCCAAAGUGAUUAAAAUGAUUGCCAAAGAUGAAGCAGGAAAAGCCUGCUUGCUUCAGCUUAUUAACCUACUUAAUGCCCUUAUGGAGCACUUUGCUGGAUAUCCAGAAUUAUAUGCACCGGUUCAGGACGCCAUAAAAGCAUCUAGGCAAACAAAUAAUUUUAAAAAUCCACUAAACUGUAAUAGUUGGUCAAAUAGUGCUUCAGUAGUGACUCCUGUGAGGUCUUUGAAUGAAAAGGUCGGCCUGUAUAACCUAGGAAACACUUGCUAUAUGAAUAGUGUUCUUCAGGCACUUUAUAUGUCCAAAGCUUUCCGUAAUCAAGUGCUUUUGCAGUCUGAAACAAUGUUACCACUGUUUUCCAAGCUUCAAAUUUUGUUUGCUCUGCUUCAGCAUUCUAAGAAGUUUUGUUUGUCUCCCAAUGAUAUUCUGACGCUUCUGAGGCCUCCAGGGUUUGUUUUGGGGCAUCAACAUGACAGUUCUGAGUUUUUGGGGUACCUUCUGGACACACUACACGAACAGGAGAAGAGCAAGACGUGUGUGAUCAGUUCUAGUGAAGGUGAAGAAGCUGCUGCAGAACCACCUUUGACCGUCGUCCAGCAGUCUUUUGGCGGGAAAACGGUUACAGUGUCCAGGUGCGCGGAAUGUGGUACCAAAAGUGAGAGAAUCGACGAGUUUAGGGACUUGCAACUCUCGAUUCCCCAAAACGUCGAAAAUAAUAGCGUGCAGUCCUUGUUGGAGUACUUUUUGCAAUCAGAGAAGUUGUGUGGAGAUAAUCAGUACAGAUGUGAUACGUGCGAUAGGCUAACAGAUGGCGAGAGGAUUACAAAAAUCGUAUCAAUCCCCAGCCAUCUUAUCUUAACCCUAAAACACUUCCGGUUCGACUCCGUAUCCCAAACGCGUACAAAACUCCUCCAGCGAGUGAACCUGGAGAGCCGAAUCUGCCUGGAAGGCUCCUGUUUCGACCUGUACGCCGCCGUGGUGCACUGCGGCAACACCGUAGACUCCGGACACUACUACACUUUUGCCCGAGACUCAACGGGAUGGUACAAGUUCAACGACAGCACCGUGAGCAAGACCACAGAACAAAAUCUACACACGGUCAAACCUCCUGAAACGCCCUAUAUAUUGUUCUACGCUAGGGAGGACAUGUCUGAACCGGAGAAUUUACCCUGCAACAGGUUGUCGCUUGCAUUACAAACGGCAGUGACUAAAGAUCAGUCAGAGAACGAUAUGGAGCAAAAAAAUAGGAUUUUGGGUAAGGACGGCAACGCGGCGAACAAACAACGGAAGAACGACGAUCCGCCGCCUCCUGGAUGCGGAGGGGGUGGGUUUGGGACGCCCUCUGGUAAUAUGUUUGUGUGUUAGAACGGUUGAGAAAAACGGUGUUUUUUUUUUAUUGGAUGAAUUGUAAUAUAGAGGUUUAUAUGCUUUAGACGAAAUCUUAUGGUGUUUGAUCUGUUUUAUGUAUUGUUGUAUAUAUAUA